GGCCGGCCUGUGUCGCCCCGGGCGCUGCGAUCGUACCGCUGCUUCCUGCGGCGCCCGCUCAGCCGGCGCUCGGGCCGCGGGCCCCGUCCCCUGUCCCGGGUUCGCUGCUCCCAGCCCAGCGGGAGCAGCCCCGGUGGCUCCCUCAGCCGCGCCGCAGCCCUGGCCUGCGCCCGGGCGCCGGCCCCGCGUACCCCUUGGCGGGGAGCCGCGGGGUACGGCCGUUUACCGGCUGCGGGACCCCCUGAGGAGGCCGCGCCUCGGAUUUGAAAGCGCUUGACCAUCUCCUUGGGGUGCCUUCCUUUUUCUCCAAUUGGCUCUAGCAAGCAUCAUGAGGUUUCUAAGCGGUUUUACCAUACCUUUUGAUGCCUCCGACGAAGAAAUGCACCCACAAGGCCAGGAGGGCAGAGCUGCCAUUCCUGGAGAGGCCGCGCGAGGGCGCCGUCCAUCGCUGUGAAACUCCGCUACGUGCGGCCGAGAAUCCAAGACGCGUUCCGACCAGACCUGUAGACCAGAACACCUCUGCUGCCUGGGUGUGCCCACAAUUCGAAACAACCAAGUCAGUGGUGUUGAAAGCAUGCCAGAAGCAGCAUCGUGGUCCUCGGAAACUCCAGAAUCAGGAUGCCAGCCACAGUUUGCUUCAUGCAGGAGGAGCUUGUCGAAGACCUAUAGCCUGCAAAUUUCCUCCUUUAACUUUUGAAAAUCAAGAAGGAUAUGCAGUCCACCCCCCGGAUCGUCCAAAUUACUCAAAGAAGAACAAAGAGUGCUCUCACAGCCAGUCCAAGAAAGAGACAGCAGCAAAUGCCAACAUUCAGGUAAACAGUCUGGAGAACUGUGAAGAAACACCUUUGCCAUCGGCUCCCCGGCCUGUGGAGCCAGAAGUCUUCAGUCCACCUGAUACAGAGACUACACAGGUGCUGUCCAUAAUGAAUGGGUGGUGCGGCAGCACUCUGCCACAGACAAGUAGCCAUGCCUGGCAUCCAGAAAAAGAGCUGGCAUUUGGCACCGACGCCUGUGUGCGAGGGGAGUCACCAGAGGUCCUGGUUACAGACACUCCCGAGCACGAGUAUGGAAUAAAGGUUACGUGGAGACAGCGGCCUCACCUAAUGAAAUACCUGCAGGAGAGAGGGAAGCUGAGUGCUGCUGACAUACUGGUGAAGGCAAACCUCGAGCUCUCAAGGACACAGGCCAACGUCUGACUUGGCGGGAGCAGGCAUUUUCUCACAUGCAAAGACACGUCCGACUAGACAACUACUCCCGGGGAUGAAGAGGGGGGGUGGCUUAGGCCGAGACCUGCGCUCCGCUCUUCCCGGUGCAGGGAAGGUGGGAUGUGUUGGGCCGGGCCUCCCUGGGGCAUGAGGUGGCUCCGAACUGCGCUUUCUAAUCCACGUGGCUCCCUGCAGGCGCCGUUAGGCCAAGCCCGGCGGCAGCGGGGCCCCCGCGCGCCCCGAGCGGAGGAGGGCGGGCCGGGCCCGGGCUCCGCCAGAGGGCCUCGUCCGCGCAUGUGCGGGGCUCGCCCCGCCCCGCUGGGGGAGGCCGCGGCCAAUGGGCGUGCCGCAUGCUGAGCCGCCGGCCAAUGGCGCCGCGGCUCAGUACCGAGUUCCGUUGCCACGGGUAGCGGCGGGGCCGGGGCUGGGCGCGGCGGCCCCAUAGCAACGGCGGCGCCGGCGAUGGAGAGCGCGAGGGGCCGGGGCGGCCCCGCCGGCGGCAGGUGAGAGGGGCCCGGGGCGGCGGGACCGCUCCAGUGCCCGGCCCGGGCGCUCACCUCGGUGUGGUGAGGGCGGCCCGGGGCGGCGUUUCCCGGCCCGGUUCCACCUUCCGCCGGGUGGGCGCCGUUUCGAGGAGGCGGUGUCUCCGGGCGCAAACCGGCCAGGUCCGGGUUACCCGGCUCUGCGCGCAGCUCUGCCUCCCGUCGGGACCGGGACCGGGCUGGGGGGGAAGCGGGGGCUGCCCGGGGCCGGGGCGUGCCCGCGGCCGGCAGAGCCGUGUGCCGGCGCUGCCCUGGCAACGUUCGCUCCCAGCGGGCGCAAAGCAGCCGGUUAGAAUCCUGGUGUGUUUCAUGUGCUGCUCUCUUCAACGUGAUGUAUUAUAUAUCACCUAAAUACCUGUAGAUUAAAUUUGGUUUCUGGGAUCUCG